CAGAGCACUAAGAAGCAGUCAAGAAAAGAGCUUGGUGAUGUGGAGUUCAAGUUGGAGCAAGUGAUGAAGGAGAAGCAGGGGAUGGCUGAAGAGAUUCGGCUCUUACACGAGAGGCUAACUGAGGCUGAGCAGACUGCUCAACGUCACCUGGAAGACAAACGGGACCUGAAGGCAUCCCUGAGUGAUGCUCAAAGGCGGCUGCAGGAAGCUGCACAAGAGCUUUCUGAAAGUCAACGCAGACUUCAACGGGUCGACGAACGGCAUCGUGUUGAAACUCAAGAAUGGGAGCAGUUUCAGCAGGAUUUGCUGAUGACGGUGAGAGUCGCCAAUGACUUCAAGGCGGAGGCUCAAUCAAACUUGGAAAAGUUGCUUCAGGAGAAUCGUUCGCUGAGGGAUAAGAUCCGCAGUAUGGAACUGGAGAUCGACAGAAUCAGAUCGGACAAGUCCCUGGGAGCGACAGUGAGUCCCCUGCAAACUUUGCGUCCUGUUGGAUCUCCGUUCGGUGACCUGCACCUGGGUCUGGACGUGAGGAGAAGUGGAGCCACUGCCAAUAGCCGAACGUUUGGACGGAGUUCCGGUGAGCACCGGUUGUCCGUCCGAAGUCUUAUAACUAGUAUCGAAAGUGCUACGAAACAUGCCAAAGCGAAUGUCUUGGAGGAGAAGCCGGUGGCGACGUCCCCAGCCGUCACGUCCAGCGUGGAGACGGACGCGGCGUUGCCUCUGCCGCCAGUAACGCCGCCGCCGGCGGAGUUGCAGCUUCCUUCAUUCCGACCCGUCCUGUCCCCCGCGAGGAAAGUGAGCUUCUCCAGCGAUACCCCGACGUCUCCGAACCCGAAACCCGGGAUCCUGACAAAGAGCAAAAUGGAGACUGAGCCGCUCAAGCACCGUCCUUUGCUUCACGACGUUCCUGGAUCCGCGCUGAUUCAGUCUGGGGACCCGUUGGCCAACCUGGCCCGGAAUGGGGGAUCCAAACGUAACGCUUUGUUGAAGUGGUGUCAGCAGAAGACCAUGGGAUACUCGGGGAUCGACCUGACGAACUUCAGUUCUAGUUGGAAUGACGGCCUGGCGUUUUGCGCCUUGCUGCACAGCUACAUGCCCGAGAGGAUCGGGGAUUACGACGCCCUGCUGAAAGGUGGCAACAAGAAAACCAACUUUGCCACUGCUUUCAAGGCUGCUGAGUCGGUUGGCAUAGAGACAACCCUGGAUCUGAACGAGAUGGUGAGCUUCGAACGCCCGGAUUGGCACGCAGUCAUGUCCUACGUAACCGCAAUCUACAAGCAUUUCGAAACUUGAGAAUCCGGAAGGCAGCACAGCGUACCGGAAGCUUUAAAACGACUCAUUCGAAAAGUAUCUAAUUUAUUCGGGAAAAGAGUGAAAAUCGUAACGUUUGCCGUGCGCUUUAUUUUUUCGUACGCGAGAAGAAAAUUUACAAUAUUUUAUUCUUUUUUCGUAUGAAACCGAGAUCCAGGAACUCACGAGUGUUCAGUGUUCUACGGGCACGAGCUUGUUGAUUAAUCUUUUUUUGGGAAACGUGGAUCUGAGAUUUUAGAAAUUGGGGAAACUGACUUGAGUGCAUUUUGGGAGGG